ACCAUACGGUUCCGGAAACGUCUACGCGUUCGCGGCGACGGUCCGUAUCAUCCUGCCCGGUAGUCUAGCCGGCGCUAGUUCCGUUGUCCUGAUGGCGUGGAGCGACCGCGGCCGGUACCGAUGCGAAACUUGGAGCUGUACCAAGGUUUUUCGGGGCCAGGGGCAAAUUUAUUCGGGGCCCCUUCGACCACAGCAAUAAGAAGAUGUUUACUGCUUUGGAAUAAUCGGUUUCUAAUGGAUGCGUUGUCUACAAGGGUUGAUAAUGGACCUAAAAUAUUCUUGUCAUAUGAUUCAGCUGCUGAAAAACUUGCAAUUCACAAUGCGUUUCCUCAACCAAAUUGUUUAUGUAUUUUUCGUGUAUUACGAGCUAUCCGGAGGUAUCUUUGGGAUUCUAGCCGCGGUGUUUCUCCAUGUCAACGCAAAUUAUUGUACUCUAAAGUCAAAGAUAUGCUAUAUUAAAAAAUAAAGAUCAAUUAGAAAUAACAUUUAAUCUAAUAUACAAACAUGAACCGUUGAUUAAAAAGUAUUUGAAAUUUGAGUCUUACAUUAUUGAUUUGUACCUAAGAAAAGAAGAAUGGGCACUUUGUUUCUGAAAAGGACCAUUAACACGAGGCCGGAAUAACAAUAAUAUAAGUAAUAUUGGUAUAAAAAUCGUAUAAACAUCAUACUUAUUGCCGUGUAUCACUAUGUAAAUGACACUGUUUAAUUUAUUCAUCGUAUUUGUGGAAGAAACGAUUAAGUAAUAAUAAUAUAAUCAGUGGCGUAGCGAUGGUAUGGCGAACUGUGUCUACGCCAGGAGCGCAGAGUUGUGUAACAGUCGUAUUUUUAUCCUAUAAUUAAAUCGUCAUUUUUCCAUUAUACUUUUUGAAGUACGUAGAUGUUGUUUACUUGUACACACUGUGUGUGAAUUUAAUGGGGUAAUUGUGAAAAUAACACAAGGGCAUUUAAAUAAAAUAUUUCGUACGAAGAAAUCAUCGAUGGAUUUGCCAGUCAUAAAGCGUGAAAAGCAAAUUUUCAAAGUUUAAAAUUAACACUGUAAUAAUAACUUAUAAGUACAAAAUGUGUACUUAAAAAUAUUAGUAAAAUUAAAGGUUAAAAAAAAUAUGGCGUCAAAUUUUAAUGGGUUAAAAAAGUAACUUUUUCUAAGUUUGUCAGGGGCGCUAGCGAGUCUUCCUACGCCACUGAAUAUAAUCUACCAUAAUAACAUUGGAUAGAAAAAAAUAAUGGUACAAAUAUCGAAGCACAGCAAUAAAGUCAAACAUGUAUCAGUGUAUCGGUGUAUCGAUCGCAGGUGUUCUAGGUUUCUAUUUAUAACAUUCUGAGAGUUGGCGGCGAACGUGUGAUAAAAAAAUGUUUGGAUCACGGCUAUAGAUAAUAUUAUCUAUAGCCAUGGUUUAGAUAUAAGCGGAAUAUUAAGAUACACGCA